AACGAAUCUGCUGCAUCAUUAGUUGUAUUGCCUCCUCCUCCUCUGUCUUCGUCGUCUCUUCAAAACGAUGUCGUUGAGCCUUUGCAUCUUGAUUUCGCCGGACCGGUUAAACCGGAACCGGUAUUAGGGGAAGAGAUCUCUGGUAUUCAUAAUAAUAAUUGCACGAGUAGUGGAACGACGUCGGAGAAAGAUUUUGGGAACGAGAACGAUUGGGUGCUGAACUUGGAGCUCUCCGUCGGACCAGCAGCGGCGCGUUAUCAUCAUCGGUACGAGUCGAAGACCCGGAAGGUGAGUGUUGUUGAUUCGGCUGAGUCGAAUAGA